AUGAGCGAUGUUGGCAUAGAAGGAAAAAGUAUUCGAACACAUAGUAGAGCUACUCUACCUUGUCCGGAUUGUGAUCGUCCGAGGAUAUCAUAUGGAUGGUGUACGAAAUGUGAAUCAAGAUGCAUGGAAAAAAAAUUUCCUUUCUGGACAAGUGGAAAUAGUGGAUUAGAUAAAUUAAUUCAACAUAGUCAGAUUUCAGCAGUACAAACUUGUGAUUAUUUGGAAUUUAUAAACUUUGAAGACAUAGAAAUUAAUAAAUUAAUUGGUAGAGGAGGCUUUAGUGAAGUAUAUAAAGGUGUUUGGAUAGAUGGACCGAGAUGGAAUUGGGAUGAACUUGGGGACAUUUGGUGUCGUAGCGGGCCAAUAGAAGUUGCUCUAAAAGAACUCAAUAAUUCUCAAAUAUUAUCAUAUGAAUUUCUUGAACAGCUCAAAAAAUAUUAUCAAUGCUUGCAAAAUGGGACAAUGGCAGACUGUUUUGGAAUUACAAGAAAUAUUGAAACUGGAUGCUAUAUGUUCGUUAUGCGAUACUACGAAAAUGGUAACCUUUACGAAUUUCUUGAUAGAAAUAAAGGAAUCAUCAGUUGGAGAGAUAUGGUAGAUAUGUUAUGGGGAGUUGCGACCCAUAAUUUACAACUUGCCUAUGAAAUUUGUUACAAGAACUUACGUCCAGAGAUAAGUGAAGACCUUAGAUCCGAAAUGCCAGCAGAGUAUUAUGACUUGAUGACACAAUGCUGGGAUUCAUUACCAGAAAAUCGACCGACAGCAAGUAAAUUAAACGAGAAAUUAGGUAAUUGGAUUUCUGAUAUUUGUGAUAACCCGAAUCCCUCAGAAAUUUCAAAUAGUUUCGGCGAUGCAGAAGAGAAAAGAUGGGAGCUCAUCGGUAAACAAAACGAAGAAAAAGAUUUUCCAUCUAACUUUGUUCACGAGGAGGCUAUUUACAUUAGUCGUAUCUUUGAUUUUGCUGAAUUAAAACAAUUGAAUAAUCAACAGAUUUAA